GCCACAGAGCUGUCUCCACAGCUUACCACGGAGGCAGAGCACCUGCUCAGGAAAUUGUUGGACCUUCGAUCAGGGAGCGAAGGAUUAAAGCUUGAAGCUAAACGUAAAGAUGCUAAUUUACUAAUGCUACAGCGUGACCUAGAACAUGUGAAAGGGCAGAUCAGAGAUGCUGAAGCUUUUCACACUAGAGGAAAAAAGCAGUUGUUGGAGGAUAUUGUUCAGCUGAAGAAGACAAAGGAGCUCACUAACAGACAGAUCUCACAGAAGGAGAUGAAGAUUAUGCAUAGCAAGCAGGAGCUUGAACGGGAGAUUCUUAGCUUAGCUGACACUAAGCAAAAAGUACAAUUUCUUCAGGCACAGCUAAAGCAAAGAUUGGAAAAUCAGAAAGAGAUGGAAACCCAGUUGUCACAGAAGAGAGUUGAGUUGUUGAAGGUGAAUUCAGCCAGGGAUGAUAUGGAGGAAAAACUGAUUAAACACACAGUAACAAACAAAAACCAACUGACAUCUGAUUUAAGAAAUGAAAUAAGCUUCCUUCACCAGCAAAUUCGUGAGAAAAACCUGCAGUCUGAACAGGACCGUGUUCUGAGAAAGAAAAUAAUGGAUGACUGUGCAUCACUCACUAGUGAAAAUAGUGCAUUGCAGGCUCAGUUACUGGGAAUUACCAAACAACUAGAAAUGCAGAGAGAACUGAAGGAAGAGAAUUCUACUCAUAAUUCUUCUAGUUUUGCUCAGCUUCUAAGUGUUAAGGACAGAGAAGAGCAGCUGAGCAAGGAGUUGAAGUGGCAGGAUGUUCUUCUGUUACAAGAGAAGCAGCGUUUAAACGAUCUGAUGGAGCAGGUUAACUUGCUGUUGAGUGGAAAUACGCUCCAAGGUUUUAAUACAAGUACUUUGAGUAGUCACAUUGCUGAGCUGCAAGCCAUGUUGGCCAAGGAAGAGCAAAUCAAAACAGAAUUACAGCGAGACAAGACCUUGCUAGUUGACCAUGUUAAUCACCUACAAAACCAGAAUUCUUCGCCGAGACAAAAUGUGCGCCUGUGCGGGCAUUACAUCAUCUGGCCCUGGCCAAUCAAACGGCCAAAGACUAUGAACCUGGAGGAAGCCCGGCAGGAAGAUGGAAGUACCAGCGUGGGAGGAGAACGCUAA